AUGCGGGCAACUCAUAGCAGGCAUAAGUCUUACGCAGAUAACAGGAGAAGGUUGCUCAAGUUUGAGGCAGGUGACCAUGUGUUCCUCAAGUUGAAGAAGUUAAUUCCUCGAUUCAUCGGUCCAUAUCAGAUCACGCGGAGGAUUGGACCAGCAGCUUACGAGAUUGUCUUGCCACCUCACCUGGAAAAUCUACAUAAUGUCUUCCAUGUAUCACAACUGAGGAAGUACAUUGCGGAUCCUACUCAUGUGAUGGAGGAGGACGAUAUUCAGGUGCGCGAGGACAUGACGAUUGGAGUUGGACCAGUGAGAAUCCUAGAUUCUCAAGUCAAGCAACUCAGAGGGAAAGAGAUUCGGACUGUGAAGGUCCUAUGGGACGAGGCAACUCAGAAAAUGACGUGGGAGAUGGAAGAUAUCAUGAGGAAGUCGUAUCCUCACCUUUGUCCUGAUAAGUCCUAUUUUUGA